CUAGAAACAGUUCUGCUUCUGACCCUGCUUACACACUGAUGCUUGCUUGAAUGCUGUAGAUUCCUGCUUGAGUAAGGGCUACUCUGGGGUAUACCAUGGAACAUUUAAAGAAUGGGGCAGUUCCAGGUGAGCCAGUGAAGAAAGAUGAAAACUCUAGAAGGGGAAACUGGGGCAACCAGAUUGAGUUUGUCCUCACCAGUGUGGGUUAUGCAGUGGGACUUGGCAAUGUCUGGAGGUUCCCUUACCUCUGUUACAGAAAUGGAGGAGGUGCCUUUAUGUUCCCAUACUUCAUCAUGCUGGUGUUCUGCGGCAUCCCUCUGUUCUUCCUGGAGCUCUCGUUUGGGCAAUUCACCUCCCUCGGGUGCCUGGGAGUCUGGAAGGUCAGCCCCAUGUUUAAAGGUGUGGGCUAUGGAAUGAUGGUUGUGUCCACCUACAUUGGGAUAUAUUACAAUGUGGUGAUAUGCAUUUCAUUUUAUUACUUCUUCAUGUCCAUGACAAACCUGCUGCCCUGGACAUACUGUAACAACCCUUGGAACACUCCUGACUGCAGUGGAGUGGUGAGCCCUCCUCGAGCUAAUGCAACCUUUGCCAAUGUGUCUGCUGUUGUUUCGGGGGUGACUGAAAUAGUCAAUCGCACCAAGAGGACCAGUCCUAGUGAAGAGUACUGGAGGAACUAUGUGCUGAAUAUCUCUGAUGGUAUUGGGAACUUUGGAGAGGUGCGUCUGCCCAUUCUUGGUUGUCUGGCUGUGUCUUGGUUUGUGGUGUUCCUCUGUCUAAUUCGAGGAGUUAAAUCCUCAGGCAAGGUGGUCUAUUUCACAGCGACCUUCCCUUAUGUGGUGUUGACUAUUCUUUUCAUCAGAGGAAUCACACUGGAUGGUGCCAUCAGUGGUAUCAAAUACUACCUGACCCCUCAGUGGCAGAAAAUUCUAGAUGCCAAGGUGUGGGGGGAUGCAGCUUCUCAGAUUUUCUACUCUCUGGGAUGUGCCUGGGGUGGGCUUAUUACCAUGGCUUCAUAUAACAAGUUUCAUAAUAACUGUUUCAGAGACAGUAUCAUCAUCAGUGUAACAAACUGUGCUACCAGUGUGUAUGCUGGCUUUGUUAUUUUCUCCAUCCUUGGAUUUAUGGCUCAUCAUCUGGGGGUGGAUGUGUCAGAGGUGGCUGAUCAUGGGCCGGGCCUGGCAUUUGUGGCCUACCCAGAGGCCCUAACACUGCUGCCCAUAUCCCCAAUCUGGUCCCUGCUCUUCUUCUUUAUGCUCAUUCUACUGGGCCUGGGCACUCAGUUCUGUUUGUUGGAGACAUUGGUAACAGCUGUAGUAGAUGAGAUUGGAACUGAUUGGAUUAUCAAAAAUAAGACUUACGUCACUCUGGGAGUGGCCGUAAUAGGCUUCCUCCUCGGAGUACCACUGACAACACGGGCAGGGAUAUACUGGUUGCUGCUUAUGGACAACUAUGCUGCCAGUUUCUCUCUAGUCGUCAUCUCUUGCAUCAUGUGCAUUUGCAUAAUGUAUGUCUAUGGUCACAAAAAAUAUUUUAAAGAUGUGGAGAUGAUGCUGGGAUUCCCUCCUCCAGCUUUCUUCAGGAUCUGCUGGAGAUUUGUGUCUCCUUUAAUUAUUACUUUCAUUCUGAUUUUUACAGUGAUCCAGUACAAGCCUAUCACCUACAAUGACUAUGUAUACCCCAACUGGUCAUUGGUCAUUGGAUUUGCCAUGGCUAUGUCUUCAGUUAUCUGUAUACCAAUCUACGCACUUUAUAAGAUUGCUAUGUCUGAAGGAUCUACAUUUUUAGAGCGUUUGAAGAACUCUGUGAAGCCUGACCCGGACUGGGGCCCUGCCCUCCAGGUGCACCGUAAGGGCCGAUAUGCCACCAUGGGGCCUGAAUCUGUAGAAGUGUGCCCUCUCAAAGAAGAGCUAAAGGAUGAGGGGAAAGAGAAACUCAAAGAGGAGAAAGAAACAGAGGAGAAAAAGGAUGAGAUUGGUCUCACCAUCCCUGGAAGCAAUGGCUCCACGUUGAACCCCACACCCAGUGCAUAGAGGACCCUUCCCCACCCUCGCCACAGGACGGUUCCCUCUCCCUGCCAUCACACACUGCGGGACAGGCCACUAUCGCUGGAGACCUUUACAUAUUGUAAGGGCUUUAUGAAAUCUAACCUCUAGAGGAAUUGGUUGUCAUCCAAAACCUUUUUCUUUUUGUACACAUAAUUUAAUAGUGCAGACAUGUUCAUAUACAGGAGAUGUUUGCAUGCACACAGUGUGUAUAUAGCACAUUGUACAAUAUUUUCACUCUGUGUUGAGUAGACUGGUGACGUGACUGUAGUCGCAGCAGGAGCUACAGUGGGAUUUAGAUUAUGUUUAUUGGAGUGGCAGUGCUGGUCAGGUAAAAAGCUGAAGACCAAAUAAUCUUUGUAGCGAUGUUGUAAAGGCCCAUAAUAACACUGUUGAGGUGGGAUUAUUAUCAUUUUCUACUUUGUAUCCAUUGCCAUGUUUGGGAAUAAUCUUGAUUACAUUUAGUUAUGGUGAUGUGUAGUUGAUGAUCAAGAUCAUGUUUUUCAAUGGCCAAGUGACUGAUGUUUAAUAAAAUGCAUGGAUAUGAUAUUAUGCUAUUCAAUGAUUGCAAAUGAGACAAACAGAUGAAAUUAAAUGAACAUUAUGUACACAUUAUCACCUUAAACUUUAUAUAUAAAUUUGAUUAUACAUUGACAGGAUUGCCAGAACAUUUCGGAACUAAUAUAAAGGAGAGCUAACACUUUUGUUUACUGGCCAAGUCAACUUGGUUAUCGGCUGAUAACAAUAAUCUCAAAAUGGAUAAUGUGUCAUCUAAAAAUAUCAGCUGAUUAAUUUGCCUGAACUGAUGUUUAGAACAGGUGUUUUUGUUCCAAACUAUAAAUGAGCAUUGGCCAAGAGCAUAUCAAGAACUGAAAAGUGAAAGCAUAAAUGCAAAACAAAGAAUAUUUGGUCUUCAGCUAUCACUGACAGAGGUAUCUGGACUGAAGUAUAACUUCUCAACUCCUUCUUGACUAACUUCUCCCAUUCUCAGGGUUAUACACAAUUUGCUUUUUGCAAAAUGUUUUCCAAUGCCUUGAGAUGAUUUAUUUGCUUAUGUUAGGUGUUUGACAUGAGAGGAGAGGGGUUUUCGUGUAGGAACUAACACAUGAAAUGCCAAAUCUGUCUACUCUUCCGGGCAUUUUAAAGCUAAAUUGUGAGGCAUCUCCUUAGCGAGGGAGUAUGUGUGCAGUAACAGAAGCAGCUAGUUCCUCAUUAGAUUCAGUACUGUAGUAUGCACACUAACCCUGCUUUUCACAGAAUAAAAGAGGCAUGUUACCAAAAACAUGUGCACAAACCUUUAUAUGCUGAUGUCUUAGCUGGUAUGCUUGUUAAUAUGUGUGUGUGUGUUAUACUUUUUUUUGUUGUCUACUCAUAUUAAGAGACUUGAAUUGGUGUGUAUCUGUCAUUUAAAAGUAUCUGUUUGUACUGAGCCAUGCAGUCAUGUGAUUGAACUGAAUUAGCACAGUUAGGUUGCAUGCAGAAAGACCACAGGUUUUCCUUAGCAGAGAAAACAUACAUGUGUGUAUAUAUAUAUAUAUAUAUAUAUACACACAAGAGAACCUAUUGCAAAUUAGAUAAUAACCACAAUGUUUACUAUUCCUCAUGACUGAUUGGUUUCACAUGCAAACUAUUAAGGUUUUUUAGGCAGGGACAGACUGAAAUGGAUAUUUUGACCAUGCUUAGAUGUUUGUAGCAUGAUGUUUGCUUUCAUAUGAUGGUAGUAUAUUGUUAAUAUAGCUGGAUGGACUGUUGUCAAGAUGCCACAUAUCAUAUCAUUCCAGUGUUGUUUAAACAAGGCCCCUCUCUUACAAUGCAUACUUGGAGUAGCACAAAUUCAUGGUUACACUCUGAAUAUGUCUGGAAGAUUGCCUGAUUUUCCGUAAUGGGGAGUCUAGUAAUGCAGCUGCUAAUGUGCUGAUGGAUCGAAUAAUGAAACUUCUGAUAAUUUUUUUCUCCUAAACAGUAAAUCACUGUAUACUGGGUAGUCAAGCCAAAGUAGCUUGGUAUUAUUUCUCUCCUGCAAAUAGCAUAUGUCAUAGUUGUCUGAAAUGUUAUUAAUAUCUGAAUGAAGGCAUAAUAUAUAUAUAUAUAUAUACACAAUGCACAAUCUAACAGAAAAAGUAAAAAAAAAAUAUUUAUGACAAGUAAAAAGUCAUUCACACCACUUUUUUUAGAUGUCUGUGUAAACGUGCUAGAUGGAUGUCUAUCACAAGACAGUCUGACAUUAAAUCAUGUGCAGGAUUAAAAAUUUGAGAUAUCAAUAAUUCAAUUUUCACUAGUUAACAUGCUAAUUCUUGAUACCUACUAUGUGGAAUUGCCAUCAAUGAAAAUGCUACUUUUUGGUAUCUCACAGAUUCUUGAGAUAAGGGACAAAACAUGUUUAAAAGAGUUUUUAUUUUUUAAUACUAAAUUAAUUUUAAAUGGAUUUAUUUGUAGACAAAGUCCUCAGCUAACGGACCAUGUAAAGAAACAGGGUUUUUUUCCCUGACAAUUGACAUUUAUUUACUUCAUAACUUGCAUCUUACUGUUAUUAGUGUCAGCUCUGUCAGACACACUAAAAAGCAUGCUAUUUUAAUUUGAUGAGUGUAAAGUCUUUAAUUAUCUAAUAAUGAUGUUCAGUGAAGGAGUUAAGUGAUUAAAUACAUUCUAUACAUUUUCUGUUUUCUCACUGUUCUGAAAAUUCUGAGAGUUGACAUAAUUGAGUAUUUUUCCAUUUUUAACCAUGCGUUGUACACUGGAGUGAUUUUUUUAUUUAUUUUUCCCCCUCAGUUGAAGCUACCUCUAUAACUUAAACUCAUAUGCCAAAAUGUAUCCCACAAUUCUAACAGGAAUUAUUGUAAUGGGAAUGACAGAUUUGAAACUUAAAUAUUGUUUUUUAAAUAUGAAAAAAUUAUCAAACUUACCAGACCUUUCAAACUUUCCAGAGCAGGAAGUGGGACAGGGGUACUCUGAGUCAUAGCUGACCAUGACAUUGUCUGAUUUUCUCAAGAUUAUAAAAAAUCUGAGAUGAUGCAAAGCGAAACUUUGAUGGGGAGUUUUUUUUUUUAGAUUUAACUUUUCCAGUAUUUUUAUUAUUAUGAAUUUCUUGAUUUUUAACAUGAGAUUAAGAUGACUUUUGUAUGCAAGUCAUGCUUUGUUCUUUAUCUCAAGAAUCAGCGAUCUAGUAAAAACAUUUAUUCUUGAUAUUACAAAUUAUGUUAUUACACAUGUAAAUACACAUUCUUGAUAUAAAAAUUGGAAAUUCAAAUUGUAUAAGCCAUGAUUAUUGAUAUUUAUUCUUGCAUUUUCACUAGCAGAAUUUCACAAUGAUCUGUCAUUCGCUCCUGUUCAAAACGCAGUUAGAGAUAUCCAUCAUUUUUAUUAGCUGAAAUUGAAACUUAACAGAUCAACUACUAUUUAUAAUGUACAAUUUACUAGUGAAAAUGCUAAUUUUUAUAUCAAUGAUUACAUUGUUUCUAGUGCAAAUGUUCAUUCCUGAUAUUUACAAAUUAAUUACUGCUAGCAAAAAUGCUAAUUUGGUUUUCACCAGUGACAAUGUUAAUUUCACAUAUCUUCAAAAAAGCCUUUUAAGAAUCUUGAAUUACUCUUACAUUUAUUUAUAUCUACAAUCCAUUUCAAGGUUAUAUGAAAUACCAAAUCUAGCAUGUUGAAAUACAUGAUCACAUAAAAAAAGAAAAGAAAAUGGUUAAU